AGUUGGAUGUUCGUGUUUCCAGAAAAUUUGAAGGUGGGCAGGGAAGCCAUGACGCGUAUAUGAGAUGGGGAAAUACUUCGUAAGUGCAGUGGAUGCUUCCAACCCAGACGCGUGAGCAUGCGCGAUGGAGCCUUUGAAGUCCCAGUUUAGAUGGGAACUAAGCAGUGGCAGCAACUUGAGCCGGCGGCCGGCAAUUCAGGCACAGCCACAAUCACAUCUGCGCUCUGACUCGAGCUUGCACCGUGGUUUCCCCUUAGAAUACAUCCCCUCGUCUCACUUGACGUACUACUUGCGUGACUAACUCUAGCUCGAACGUUUGCGAGAUGUCUACCUUCGAGAGAACUAUAAAAGACGGGCGGAACGCGUUCAGAUUCGCUGUUCCCGACAUGAACAGCGUCACACCGUUCCCCGACUUUGACGACGCGGAGAAAGUCCGCCAAUACAUCCAAGAUCGCCGUGUCAUCGGUGUAGGUGUGCUGCCUUGAGCACGCCGCUCUAUUCACGCUGCGAACACAGUACGAUCCGCUCGUGCAACCUGCCCUCCUUCUGCACGAGAUUGUUUCCUCGUCGGACUCCCAAAAGACCAUCGCGUCGGCGCGCUACCAUGCGGCCCAGAUCGUUGCGGGGCACGACGAUCGCAUUCUGGUGAUCGUUGGCCCUUGCUCGAUCCAUUCUCCCGAGCAGGCUUUGGAGUACGCAGGGUUGUUGAAGGCGAAGUUGGCCAGCUGGCCUAACCUGCUUAUUAUCAUGCGCGCUUACUUCGAGAAACCUCGGACGACGGUGGGGUGGAAGGGAUUGAUCAAUGAUCCCGAUAUCAACGGUUCGUUCAAAAUCAACAAAGGCCUCCGCAUCGCCCGGCAGCUUUUGUGCGACAUCACCGACUCUGGAGUUCCCGUUGGACUGGAACUGCUCGAUACGAUAUCGCCCCAGUACCUGGCUGACUUAAUAUCGUGGGGCGCCAUCGGUGCUAGAACUACGGAAUCGCAGCUGCAUCGAGAGCUUGCAUCGGGCGUCUCCUUCCCGGUCGGAUUCAAGAAUGGGACAGAUGGCAGCGUGACUGUGGCGAUUGACGCGAUGCAUUCAGCGGGAUCGCCGCAUGCGUUUAUGGGUGUCACGGAGCAAGGUCUUGCGUCGAUCGUCAAAACACGGGGCAACCAGGACGUCCAUGUUAUCCUUCGUGGCGGAACCAAGGGUCCCAACUUUGCCAGUCAGUUCGUCAAGGAAGCGACUCAGUCGAUCUUGAAGAAGCGUGAACGUGCCAGCGUUAUGGUGGACUGCAGUCGUAAGUAAAUGAGAACGGUUCCUGACCCGUCUGAGAUACAUUCCUUCAGACGGAAACUCCCAAAAAAACCACAAGAAUCAGCCGCUUGUGAUUGACUCUAUCUGCGAGCAGCUAGCCGCAGGAGAACAGAGCAUCACCGGGGUGAUGAUCGAAUCCAACAUCAACGACGGUCGGCAAGAUGUUCCCAGCGAAGGCGCACAAAAUCUCAAAUGGGGAGUGAGCAUAACCGAUGCCUGCGUGGAUUGGGAAACUACGAUCGUCAUGCUCGACAAGCUGAACAAGGCUGUCUCCCAUCGGCGACAAGCAGUCCUCGACGCCGGUUUCGCUGCUCGCGCGUAGAGAUUGACUUGUAUCUAGCUAGUCAUGUGAUGGAAUUCAGAAUUUGCAGUGAGCCAUCUAGGUCUAAUGAAUGUCUGUG